AUGAACCGAAUCCCUAUGCUCAUUCGAGGCCAACAAGGCUCAUUUCGGAGUGAGGUCUCUCAGAUCUCCUUUGAUGAUGAUUCUCUCAUGUCGGACAGCACUCAUGGCAGCCCCAUUGUUAGCAGCAAACGACCCUGCAAGUGGUCUUCUGAAACAGAGCCCUGCCACCUUGGAUUGUCAGAACACCACAACAGUCCAGUCUUUGAUAAAUCAGAGAGGCGAUCUUCCACCAAGCCAAUCCCGAAACCAGAACGAAAGUGUUCCUCGGAUGAUCUCUUUGAUCUUUCGAUUGCUGAUGCUAGGAGUCUAGCCCUGAAACAGGCCAUGAUGGGCUGUAGAACUCAGACGCAAACACCGCAAUCAGGGCAAUCAAAACCACAACCGUCAACGAGAGGAGACAACCCCAUUGAUAAGUUCUGGAGCACGAAGAAGUCACCCCGCAAACAGACGCGUACUUUAGGGGGUUCCUCCAAACCUAAAAUGGCAAAUGCCCAAUGGGAUCUUGUGGGAAGCCCUACAGGGGAUGGAAACAAGCGAAGAAACUCCCGAUGGGACUUUCCAGAGAACGACUCUGGUCCUUCUCUCGGUACUCUACUUUCCACCAUUGCCGCCUCCUCUUCCUCUUCUUCCAGCAAUGGAAGAAGCGGUGGCGGCAGCAGACGGAGGACUGUCAAUGUGGACAUGAACUCCCUUAUGAAUGACAGUGCAGGCAGCAGCAGCAGCAAAAUGAGACCCAGUUUCAGCCGCAUCAGCAUGAAUGGUUUGAUCGAAAAUGGUUCCAUGGAUCUUCGCAAGCCUUCCAGGAAGCGCAGUAAAGAAGGACAGGGAUUGACCAAGGGUACUGCGCGCAGCAAUCCCGAUAUCAUGACGAAAGGUCUAAAGGGCAAAAAGAACUCUUCCUUUGCGUCCUCACGAAAGGGGUCCUACCAUUCCACCAUGCCACUUACCAUGCCGGUACGCAAGACUUCUACUCAAGAUUUGUUGAAUCUCGCGUCUUCUGGCUCCUCGAAUGCGUUGAGAAGCAAGCUGUCGCGCAGCAAGCUUUCUCGAUCCAAACUAAACAAUUCUGGAGUCUUUAACCCCAUGGCGCCCCGCCGGAUGGGUUCGGCAUCUUCCAUGCUGCGGAAUCAAAGCAAAGAGAGGCUGCGAAGGCACGGGUAG